CGAACAGUAGACUCAACCAUGAAGGUGCUCAGCAUUGCUAUUCUCAAGUGGAAGAAGGAUACCCCUGAACCAGUCGUUCUUUGCCAGGAGUGCGAACUUUCGCAGUUUAGCUAUUUCCAGAAGACUGCGGUGAAGCAGAUGCUAACUUUCAUCUCGCGAACACUGAUCCAGAGAACGAAUUUUGCUGAACGACAGAGUGUAUCCCACGAGGAAUACAUGUGUCAUUGUUACCUUCGUCAGGAUGGAUUAGGUGCGGUGAUCGUAACGGAUAAGGAAUAUCCGGCGCGUGUGGCGUUCAAUUUGGAGACGAAAUUGCUCGAUGACUUCGACACCAAAUACAUGGCUCGCUGGAAGAACGCGAAGGAGGACAACCAAUUCCCUGUUCCCACCCUGGCGAAGACGCUGCAGGACUAUCAAGAUCCAGCGAAAUGCGAUAAGAUCACGCAGAUCAACACGCAGAUCGACGAGACAAAGAACGUGCUGAAUAAGACGAUUGACAGCGUGCUGGAGCGAGGUACGAAGCUGGAUGAUCUGGUGGGAAAGUCGAACGAUCUUUCGGAUCAUAUCCUUUGGAAAUGGAAUUGUUAUUGUUGGUGGCGGUUAACGGGCAGAGUCGAAAAUGUUCUACAAGCAGGCGAAAAAGAUGAACUCAUGUUGUACGAUUAUGUGAGUUUUUGUUUUUAUUGUUUGUUUUAUCUCACAUCUACAUGGAAAAUGCUAUGA